AUGAAGAAAGAGUUGCCAAGUCCAGAAGAUGUUAUGAAACUGACGAAGCACAUUGUCAGUGAACUAGAAUCGACAGCUCUCACACCAGAGAAUUUCUUUCGAAUAGUGCAGUUGGUACAAACUAGACUGCUUCUUUAUAAUAAAAGGAGAAGUGGAGAAAUUGAUGCUGUCAGCUUGGAAAGUUUUGCUGGUAAAACUAAGGAAAUAGAUGAUUUGGAUCAGUCAAUGCUAGGUGAAUUAACAAAAGUAGAGCAAUACCUGCUGAAAACACAGGAAAUGAUGAUAGUCAGAGGAAAAGGAAACAGACCGGUCCCAGUUCUUAUUCCAGGAGAUGCCAAAGAACCUCUAGAGUAUAUUGCUUCUUGGCAAGCAAGACAGAGCCAAAACCCCGCAGCCAACAAGUACCUGUUCCCAAUCAAUGGGUUGACACACAUGAGGGCAUAUGAUUCUCUAAAACGUACCUGUAGUGAAUGUUGUCUGACUGCUCCCAGUAGAAUCACAAGUGUAUCAAUGAGGAAGUACACAGCCACAUUGUCUCAGGUCCUAAAUCUAGACCCUUACCAAGUAGAAUGGCUUUGUCGUCACCUGGGACAUUCUGCAGAUAUUCACAAGUCUUAUUAUAGACACAUGUCAGGAUUUGUUGAGAGGGUCCAAUUAAGCAAGUUGUUCUUGGUACAGGACCUUAACAUGACAAGCAAAUACAGAGGAAAAAAUCUUGAGGAGAUAGACAUAUCAGAUUUGAUUUUUCCCGACUCUGAGAAUGUAGAAAGAAGGUAAUGAACAUGAGCUUGAAGAUGUUUUAGAUGAAAAAGAUGUUACCACAAG